AUGAAAACAAAGAUAAUAAAAAUAUCUGUAUUGAUAAAAAAUCGGAUUAUAAGGUCAAAUUAUUUUAGAACGAAGAGCAAAUAUGGCGAUACUGGUAACGAUCGUUUUACUUUCACUCAGGCUUUGGUAUUUGUACAAUGUAUUAUAAAUGCGCUAUUGGCUUAUAUACUUAAUGGAUCUUAUAAAGAUGAAGUUCCACAGAAGACGUACGCUUUUCUUAGUUUAUCAUAUCUUUUGGCAAUGAUGGCUAGCAAUCAUGCUCUACAAUUCAUAUCUUAUCCCACUCAGGUUCUAGGAAAAUCUUGCAAACCCGUACCGAUAAUGGUUUUUGGAUUUCUUUUUGCGGGAAAACGUUAUAAUUGGAAAAAAUAUGUCUUUGUUUUAAUGAUUGUUAUUGGUGUAAUGUUAUUUGUUUACAAAGAACAAAGCCCUGGCAAACGCAUUCGUCCCAUUUUUACAAUUGGCUUUGGAGAAAUUUGCUUGCUUUUCUCAUUGGCGAUGGAUGGCACCACGGGUGCAAUUCAGGAUAAUAUACGCCGUUUUUAUAAAUUUAGCGGACAUUCCAUGAUGUAUUCGAUGAAUCUGUUUUCAAGCUGCUAUCUUCUUGUUGCACUUUUAUUCACUGGAGAAUUAUUUUCAUUUCUUUCAUUUAUAUAUAUUUAUCCUUUCGUAAUGAAAAAUUUGCUUAUAUUAGGAGCAGUUAGUGCAAUGGGACAGUAUUUUAUUUUUAAAACCAUUUCGGAGUUCGGUCCUUUGACCUGUUCGAUUAUAACGACAACAAGGAAAUUGUUCACCAUGCUGUUAUCGAUUGUGAUAUUUGGUAAUGUACUAAAUGAACGCCAGUAUCUCGCGACAUUAAUCGUAUUCACUGCGCUAUUUCUUGAUGCUGUAGAAAGUAAGCGGAAAAGGAUAGUGGCUCAGACUAAUGAUAAGAAUCGUGAUUAUUAUGUUGAAUGGAAAUUGAAUCAUGGUUUGCGCUUGAUUUUUGCAAUGAAUAUUGAUUUCCGGUUUACCAACUUGAUCGGUGCAGUUUAUCGUAAUGGGAAUAUCACUUUUACGGCAGAUGGUAAUUCUAUAAUUUCUCCAACUGGCAAUAAAAUCACUAUAUUUGAUUUAAAAACGUUUCAUUUUUUAGCCAGAUUUUCUUGCGGCGAUGCGUUAUAUAUGAAUUUAGGAACUCAUACUGUUCUUUAUAGACAUCGGUUUAAUAGGAGUGUCUCUGACGCUAAGUUCUCACCAAAUGGAAGACGUGUUGCUGUAUGUCGUGGUGGUGAUCUUCAGAUAUUUUCAGUUGCUGGUUUUCAUACUCAUCAAUUUAAUCCAUUUGUCCUAGAAGAAACGUUUCAUAUAACUGCUGAUAAGAUAAAUCAAAUAGAUUGGAGUGGUGAUUCACGGUUGCUGGCAACUUCAUCUGAAGACAAGCAAAUUCGUAUCGUUGCAGGUGGUAAUAAAUUAAAAAAUUUAUAUAUCUAUGCACUGGCAUCUCAUAAAUGGGAAGUUAUCGCCAGCUAUUUUGUUGAAAACUCAUACAAUCUGGUUUCUAUUGAUAGACGUGGUUUAGCAAAUUACUGGCACUGUUUAUCGACUGCAGAAGAUAUGAUUGAAGGUGUACGCAUUAAAGGUUCUGACGACAGUAAUGUCGUUCUGACAACAUAUAAAAAAGAACGAAAGAAAAAUUUAAUGGAAAAUAUAAUCACUGAUGGAAUUGUUAAUGUUUCGGCUUGUUGUUUCCACAUUUCUACGAAUAUUUUGGUGAUAGCAUUUUCAAAUGGCGUAUUCGUACUUUAUGAAAUGCCUACAUUUACUUUAAUUCAUAAUUUAAGAGUGUCAGAGCUGAAGAUUCAUUCUUUAUGCAUCAAUGCUAGUGGUGAUUGGCUUGGUAUAGCUUGUGGGCAAGGUAUUCAAGGUCAAUUGGUCGUAUGGGAAUGGCAAAGUGAAACGUAUGUAAUGAAACAACAAUCGCAUAGCGAGAUAAUUUCCUCUGUUGCUUUUUCGCCGGAUGGCUCGCUUAUUGCUACUGGUGGGGACGAUGGAAAGGUAAAGAUUUGGUCUUGUAAUUCUUCAUUUUGUUUGGUGACUUUUACUGAACAUUUGAGUGUUGCAAGCGCAGUUUGUUGGACACCAGAUGGCAAAGUAUUAUUAUCAGCUUCAUUUGACGGAACAGUGCGAGCUCAUGAUUUGCAAAGAUAUCGUAAUUUCCGUACUUUAAUUUGCCCUCAACAAACUCAGCUUACCUCUUUGGCAACAGAUUCUGCUGGUGAAUUGAUAAUGUCUUCGUCGGGAGAUCUGUACAAUAUUUAUGUGUGGAGUCUCGAAAACGGGAAAUUAUUAGAUAUUUUAUCUGGUCAUACUGCUCCAGUUGCUGCAAUAGCUUGUAAUGGAAAUAAUUUGGUAUCUGCAUCUUGGGACAAAACACUUCGACUGUGGAAUGUAGUAGAAGCAUCUGUAGCCGAAUCCAUUGAGCUGAUUGAUGAAGCGCUUGAUGUCGCAUAUUCUCCUACGGGUCAAGUUAUCGCGGUAUUAUGUUUGGAUUGUUCAAUAAGCCUUUUCGAUUCGUCAUCAUUUCCUUUGGGUACGAUUGAUACAAGACUUGAUGUAGAUGCAGCACGCUAUUCAAACGAUGUGAUUAAAAAAGAAACGAGUGGAAAAAGCAAGCAUUUCAAUUGUAUUUGUUUCUCAGCUGAUGGUGAGUUAAUCGUUGCAGGUGGUCAAUCAAAUUAUAUUUGUAUAUAUACUGUUAGCGAACGAAUAUUGGUUAAAAAAAUCAAACUUACGACUAACAGAAGUUUAGAUGGAGUCAAACUAGACGUAAAUCGUCGGAAUUUCUCGGAAUUCGGUAAUAUGGAACUAAUCGAUGAUUCUGAUAGCGAUCAAGAAGACAAUUUUAAAAAGCGUAUUAAAUUAGCUGGUACAAAACAUUCUGAUCUUGCGGAGCGGCGUUCUCGACCCGAAAUGCGUGUUCGAUCCAUCAGUUUCUCACCUACAGGUCGUUGUUUCGCUGUUUGUUCGACUGAAGGUGUCUCAAUAUAUUCGCUAGAUCAUCGAUUAUAUUUCAAUCCAUUUGAACUUGGUGUAGAAACAACUCCAAAAAAUAUUAUGAAGGCUAUAGCAGCCGGUGAACAUACUUCUUCGGUUUCUAUGGCCCUUAGCCUCAAUGAAAAUGGGCUUAUCGAAAAAGCCUUGCUUGCUACACCAAUCUCACAGUUGAAUGUCGUAGUUCGGUCACUUCCUUUUACAUAUAUAGAGAAGUUAUUAUGCUGGCUUGGUUCAGAAUGUAAUCAAAAAGUUCAGCGUCACAUAAAUUUUUGGCAGCUUUGGUUAAAGAAUAUACUUUUCGAAUAUGGCCGUCAAUUAAAAUCGAAUCGUAAUUCAAAUUUGGCUAACCUUAUAUCAAUUCAACAACACAUCUCUGAUUACAAUAAGCUUGUCACAACUUUAUAUGACCAAAAUAAAUAUACGUUGAGAUAUUUGAUUACAGUUCGUCAAAUGAGGAAAACACAACAAGAAAACAUAACCCAGCCAGAAUAA